UACAUCAACCUCUUCACUUAUAUCAUUAUCUUGGUCUCAAGGUUCAGAGUAUGUGUAUGGAAUUAGUGGUUCUAAUGUGAUUGCAUUAAAGACAGAGGAUUGUUCCAGUGCUACUAGUUGCUCUGAGUGUGUUAGUUUAGGUGAUCCAUUGUGUGGUUGGUGUAUGAUAGAGAACAAGUGUUCACGUAGACCAUUUUGUCAGGAUAAUGAUCAAACAGGACGAUACCUAUCUCAAGAAGACAGUAAUAAUUGCUUUGAUACAGUAUCUAUUAAUCCAAGUACUUAUGUAAUAGAUACGGAGCAGCAACCUCAUCAGAUCAAUUUGACAUUUUCACCAACUCCUCUUCCUCCUACAUUACCAAGGGAAGGAUACUUUUGUGUUUUUAAUCGUAUUAUAAGUCCAUUGGAACUAUCAAUGGGUACUAAUACUGGUAGCUGUUCAGUACAAGAUAUAGUGUCUCAGGUCACUGAUAUACAAUUAGUAUAUACAGCAAUAGAACUGGUGUAA